UCGUUUUCUCUUGAGUUUUUGAUUUCCUCCUGUGGCUUCUCAUUGUCUGUAGAUCAAAUCUAGUCUGUGUCCCGCACACACCAUAACCCUAUCGAAACAGAGUACGUUCAAUGGUAGUUUUUAAACUGUCAACGUUCAUGUUUUGGAAGAGGCCAUCAUCCAAAGGAGGGCCGGGAGAUGUAGAGGUUCGUCACGGCGCCGGCCACGAUGUUGCAGUUCCACAGCACCUUCCGGAAGAUUUUGGUGGUGGCUCUCUCCCUGAAGCUGAAGAUGUGUUAGGCGGCGAUUUGGAAGUCGGUGGCUCUGAAUCUGCAGUUGAGAUUGCACCUCUGGACUUGGAAGCCGGUCUCGUUACUACCGACGAUCGUCGUCGCCCCGGCUCGUGGAGAAGGGGUACGUUGAAGGGAGUAUGUCACGCGUUUUAUUAUAAAGUGGUAAUCGAGAAGUUGAGGAGGACUACAACAAGAACACCAACACCAACACCUGACCAAUCAGCAAGCGUAAUAAAUGAUCUCAGUUUAGUACUAGUAGAUUUUUAAGAUCUGGUUUCACUUAAACUCUAAUCUUGAUGUUUUCUUGUAAUAAGCUUGUACGUGAUCACCAAGAACCAGAACAAUCA